CAAACAGUUUUGAAACAUGAUAGAAAUAGAAGAUGUAAUUCCAUCGACGCCAACUUGCGAAGAAUCUAAACAAAUCAAUGCUAUCGACAAGGAAACCGUACAUAAAAUUUGCUCUGGCCAAGUGGUGCUAAAUCUUGCCAUCGCAGUCAAGGAACUUGUUGAAAAUGCUUUGGACGCUGGAGCAUCGCUUGUAGAAAUCAAACUGAAGGAACAUGGAUCAGAGUUAAUAGAAGUUUCUGAUAAUGGCAGUGGAGUGGAAGAGCGAAAUUUCGGUGCGAUGACGGCCAAGUAUCAUACCUCAAAACUAAAGGAAUUUUCAGAUCUUGCAUGCAUUGAAACAUUCGGUUUUCGUGGGGAGGCUCUGAGUUCACUGUGUGCUUUGUCAGACAUGGUAAUCGUUACUAGACAUGAGCUUGCUCCUCAUGCAAGCAAACUGCAGCUGGACAAUCGUGGUAUCAUUAUUCAGAAAACUCCGUGUGCCAGAUCUACAGGUACAACGGUUUCUUUAUCGAAUUUGUUCGCAACGCUACCGGUGCGACGAAAAGAGUUCCAAAAGAACAUCAAGAAAGAAUUCAUUAAGAUGUGUCACAUUCUGCAGGCGUAUUGUUUGGUAUCAGUUGGAGUUAGAAUAAUCUGCACGAAUCAAAACAAGAAAGGAGUUAAAUCAGUUGUAAUGAGCACUCAAGGUAACGGCCAGUCAGUUUUGGACAACAUUUCAACAGUUUUCGGAACAAAACAAAUGGCAGAAUUGAUUCAAUUGAAACCCGCUAUUAAUAGCAGUGGUAAGAUUAUGGAUUUGAAUGCUAGUGAUUUUGAUGAUAGCUUAUCGCUUACUCAAGAGGAGGUCGAUAGUCUAAAUCUUUCUCGGUACACUAUUGAAGGGUACGUCUCUAGUUGUGCUCAUGGUUCUGGACGUUCUUCGAAAGACCGCCAGUUUUUCUACAUCAAUUCUAGGCCAUGCGAACCAACACAAAUUAUGAAACUAGUAAAUGAAACCUACCACAAAUAUAAUCCCAAUCAAAAUCCAUUUGUUUAUUUGAAUUUAAAAAUGGAUCGCUCAGAUGUUGACGUGAACCUUACUCCGGAUAAACGACAACUUUUGAUUAAUAAUGAGAAAAUAUUAUUACUUGCACUGAAAAAAUCAAUUCUUAAAACCUACGGUUGUAUUCCCUCAACUUAUAAAAUCCAAAAUCUUGACGUUAGCGAGACUAGUCGGCUGCUGAAUAUUUCCAUCAAGUCGGACAAGGCUGAUAAUACAGAGGAAGAAAAUGAAGAAAGUUUGAUGGAGCUCUCUUCACAAAAACUGUCGGACACUUUCCAUCAAUGGAAGGUAACAGUUAAAUCGAACAACAUUUCUUCUCCCAAAAAAUUAGGAAACAAACGAAAAAGGGAAGCAAUCGGUACAUCACAGAUCAAGAUUCUAGACCUAUUGAAAAGUACUCCCGGCUCUGUUGUUAAUAAUGUUGUUGGUUUGAAGCAUGACCAGGAACAAGAAGAAAAUGAUGAGUUUGAAAAUAUCGCGAAAAUGGCAAAAAACUCUAUCACGGUUGAUGACGUGGAUCGAGAUUCUGAAGGUGGAACAGAUCGGAUGCAAACUAUUUUACCCGACAAGCCAGCAUCGCUAAAAGUUAUGAAACAUGUCACUUCGGAUGGUUCGUCACAUACUGAGGAAAUAGUAAAGCAUGUCAAAUCAGAAAAUAAAACUCUAGACGAGGAAAGACCGAUAAAAUUAAAAACAACUGCAAUAGAAAAAGCAGAAGAGCAUGCAGGUUUGAUCAAGAAGGAACAGAUUGCUCCCAAAGUAAAAAUUGAAACUUUUGAUCCCGAUCCAAUAGAUACAGACGACUUAAUACGAACUAACAGCGAUAGAAUCAUUAAUGUGGAUAUGAACUCUUUAACAGAACUUCUAGACGGUGAGCGAGAGUUGGAACUACAACAGGCAAACAGAGAGCAAUCAUGUUUGACUCGCUUAAAGUUCAAGAGCAAAAUUAAUCCAUCAAGCAAUCGUGCCGCUGAAGACGAAUUGCAGACAGAAAUUUCAAAAUCGGAGUUUACACGAAUGGAGAUCAUUGGGCAGUUCAAUUUGGGAUUUAUUGUAGUUCGUUUAGAUCAAGACAUGUUUAUCAUAGAUCAACAUGCCUCGGACGAAAAAUUUAAUUUCGAAGAUCUCCAAAGAAAUACGGUACUGCAAAAUCAGAAGUUGGUUGUUCCUCAGCAGCUAGAAUUAACCGCUGUUAACGAAAUGAUCCUGAUGGAUAAUUUGGAAAUAUUUGAAAUGAAUGGGUUCAAGUUCGAAAUAGAUGGCGGAGCAGAACCCACAAAAAAGGUAAAACUGAUGGCAAAACCGUACAGUAAAAACUGGGAAUUCGGCAAAGAGGACAUCGACGAAUUGAUAUUUAUGCUGCAGGAUGCACCCAAUUCCGUGUGUCGUCCCUCACGCGUCAGAGCCAUGUUUGCAUCACGUGCCUGUCGGAAAUCAGUAAUGAUUGGAAAGGCCUUGUCGUUGACGGAAAUGCGUCGGUUGGUGAAUCAUAUGGGCGAGAUUGAGCAACCGUGGAAUUGUCCCCAUGGACGACCUACAAUGCGACAUCUAGUCAAUCUAUCAAUGAUCGCACAAACCGAAAAUUUAUCUCUAGAAACGGAAUGAAUAAAUAAGUACAACAUUUUUAUUUUAUUUUUGAACGUUUAUUUGUCCUUUUUUAUACACUUAUCGUUCGGAAAAUGUUAAAACCACUGUGAGCCGUGGAUAGCAGAACGCCCUUAAGUUGUGGGUGCCAGUGAAGUUCCUUUAUCUCCGUUUGCCCUUGAUGAAUGAAUAGCAGUUGUGGAGGAAGAUCUUUGAGACUGGGAUCAUUGCGUUCCUCCUCGUCAUCUCGCUCGACUGAAAGAUCCCAAAGCGCAAUUUGGUCAUCGUCACCACCGGAAGCUAAAAUCGUAGAUUCCUUCGGGUGCCACUCGACGGUUGUGACAUGGUUGGUGUGAUGCUUAAAUGUCGCUACAACUGAUUUAGAUUGAAAUUGACGUAGAUCCCAGAUAUGUAAAUAACCGUCAU